AUGGAGAAAAUUAUUGAAAAUUACCUCUGGAAGCUUUGCCCUUUUCUCAAGACAGAAUGUAGUGAAAUCCCUUUGAGGACAAAGUCUUAUAAUUUUGUUGAUGAAGUGGAUAAAUGUAAGAGAACUCCAGCUAACAUUUACCAAGAUGAAACCUUCUCAGAGUGUGACAUCAAUAUUCAUGAUGCCAUAGAUGUGGAGACACCUUCCAGCAGUACCAAUAACAUACUUGAUCAAGAUAAAGACUUUGAACCUGAACUUAAGCAGAUAGAUAUGAUUAAGGAUGUUUUGUUUAAAGAAGGAUUUAGAAGACCUCUUGGAUGUCAACACAUAAGGAUUGCUGUGAUCAGGAGAAUACUACCUAAAGUACUCAAGAAAUUUACUCCUUUAGAAGUUGUCCUUAUGGAUGGAAAAGAGAUGUGCUGUUACUUGGCUGCCACAAGCACCAUCACACCCAGUGUUAUCCCACGUGUCAACUACUUUCUUCUUUACCAAGACAGAAUUAGUCUUUCAUAUUUUACAGAUAAAGAUGGCAGUUCACUUGAAGGAGAAGCCAAUAUUGUGUGGGUGCAGAAGAAUGUCCUUCCCAAGUUGAUGAAGUGGACUGGUGAGGUAGAUGAAGAUGGGACUGUGGAGAAUAAAGGAUCCCUCAGACUUGUAGAUGUUCAAGAAUAUAACCAGUUAUAUCAGAAACUGAAGAUCAAAUAUGGACAGUCGUUGGUGAAGAUAUGGCCUGAAUCAACAGACCUUCAGAAAUAUGUGUUCGAGGAUAUUGCCAUCGAAGGAGUCAUUGAACCAUCUGACAAGAAUCUUUUCCCUCAGUAUGAUUGGCUAAUUGGAAACCAUUCAGAUGAGCUAACCCCUGUUGUCAUUGCUGCCAAGUCUAGAUACACAACUCGUUUUGUCAUCCCAUGUUGUGCCCAUGACUUGACUGCAGGUACAAGGAAAUGUGCAGGAAGAAGCCAGUACUCAGAUUAUCUGGAAUAUAUCAAAGAAAUUGGGACUGUUUGUGGCUUUGAGUCUGAAGAUAAAUUAAGGAUUCCUUCCACUAAGAGAGUGUGUUUGAUUGGAGGAAAGAACAUAUCACAGUCCCAUCAAACAUUUCAGAAGAUCGAUGAGUUUAUAAGAGAGAGAACUCACACUGGUAUGAAUAAUACAGAGAAUCAAAAUGUUAAUAGCUGGAGAGUCAUGGGCAUAAAAAGUGAACAUGAAAAUCAUACUGAUGCCUUGUGGUCAGAAAACUUUAAAGCUCGUGCAGCUGUACAGCCUCUAACGAUGGAAUCAAACCAACUGUCGGCAUUAAAGAAAGAGGGAGGACUACAAACACUGCUCAGGAACCACAAGCACAUAUUCAACAUUUUACAACGGAAGUCAUUCAAGUUCCAGUGCCAGAAUGGAGCGACAACUGAUAUGAAAUCCUUUGGAGUUAUUGAUAUCACUUAUAAGGGUAAAAAUGCCUAA